AUGCAAUCGCAACACGAGCAACGACGCGAAAUCGCCGCCGAUUGCUGCUAUCAGCAAUGGCCAGCGCAUUAUCACCAUCAUCAUCAUCAGCAGCAGCAGCAGCGCAAGCAGUUCGAGCAGCAACCCGCGGACGGCGGCGCGCAGCCGCCGCCACCGCCGCCGGCGCACAACACUGCCUACAAGUUCUGGCACUGCGAGAGGUGCCGGAGCUACAUGUGCAAGCCGACGCAGCACUGCGCCUACUGCCGCAAGUGCUUCCACUUCAUGGACCACCACUGCUUCUUCCUGGGUGCCUGCGUGCUCCGCCAGAACAUGGGCAACUUCAUACUCUUCUGCUUCUACACCUCGCUGACGUGCCUGUACUCCCUGUGCGUCCUGGGCCCGUACAUGUACGAGAAUAUCAAUCACAUAGUGAGGAGCGACGCGGAUUACUUCAAUAUAUUCCUGAACUUCUGCUUCCCCAUCGCCCUGGCGAGGCUGUUGCACUCCAGGGACAGCUCGAGUAUACUUCUGGUCACGGUGUUCGACACGCUCAUGUCGAUCCUCUGCAUCUGCCUGGUGCUCGGUAUCUGGAAGCUGCACAGUUGCCUGACCGGCAAGCAACGUUACGUCAACAUGACGGGCAGGCAGAAUCUGCGGGAGAUCUUUGGCAGCUACGGUCUGUCGAAUAUCAUCUUUCCGUACAACGGUCUCAUAGGCACGCGAGAUAUCAACGGUAAAUACGAAUUGAAGGAAGUGUGAGGCUAAAUCGAGUUGUUAAGCGAUUAACGAACUUCGAUUAGAUUUAACAUAUACAUUUCUUUUAUUAUGUACUUAUGUAGCAAUAAAUACAGUCAUAUGUACAACAUA